UCGUAACCCUGGCUUGGGUCUCCAGCACCUGUCAGCUCCACUUUUUAUGAGCACUGGAGGCAGGAAUACAGAGCAGGGUGGAGGGAGGAGAAGCAUGGAAAUGGGAGGAGGAGAGGAGAGGAAAGGGGGAUAUUUGUGAUAUUUAUAGGCUUCAGGGUGGCACUCAGUUCUGCUUACAGCACUGUGUUGUAGCACUCUUGAAGCAUUCAGGAAACAGCUCCAGUUCGUGACUGCCACAGCUGGAUUCAAGGCGGUUUUUCUCAAGUUAUCAUCCAUCUAAGAUGUAUUUUAUGACAAUUAUUAUUCAUUAAGACUAACUUGGACUAUGACUCCACUCAACACUUUCCUCUAAAUAGAUUUACAACAUUCACAUGUACGUAGAAAAGGGAAAAUUCAGGUCACCAGGAUGUCGAAACAGGAACCACAUUUCAUCCAUUCUGCUUUCUCCGGCUGCACCAUCCAGACUUAUAAAACCCUCAGCAGACAAACUAUGAUGACCCUGGAGGAAUGCCCAAGAAAACUCUCUGUCGGGGAGUGGUGUACAGGAUUCCUGCUCUUAUCUACAUUGGAGACCAAAAAAUCCUGGCCUUUGCAGAGAAACGGACAACUUCAGAUGAUACCAGCACAGUGGCGCUGGAAAUGAAAACAGGAGAGGUGAACAAGAAUGAAUCCACUCAUGAGGUGACGAUUGAGUGGUCAGAUCUAAAACCAGUGAAGGAGGCACAUCUUGAUGGAUACCGUCCUAUGAACCCCUGCCCGGUGUAUGAGAAGACCAGCAAAACACUUUUCCUGUUUUUCAUCUGUGUUGAAGGCAAGGUCCAAGAGUACUGGCAGAUAAGUAAUGGCCACAACAAGGCCCGUCUCUGCUACAUCAAGAGUAAUGAUGUUGGCCAAAACUGGAGCGAGGUGACUGAUUUGACUGACAAACUGGAUGAAAUCGAGCAGUGGGCCACUUUUGCUGUUGGGCCAGGACAUGGUCUUCAAAUGGAGAGUGGUAGAUUGAUUGUCCCACUUUAUGCUUAUUAUGUUUCUGACAAGUCUCCGUAUGCACUCUGCCUAUAUAGUGAUGAUCAGGGUAAUAGAUGGACAUUAGGCAAUAAACUUGAAAAACAAUCAUGUGAAUGUGAAAUGGCAGAGGUUUUUGAUGAUACAGGCAACAGCGUCAUCUACUGCAAUGCCCGUAGUCCAGAAGGUCAAAGAGUAGAAGCUGUCAGUGAAAAUGAGGGAGAUGGUUUUAUGACCCUUCGUUCUACUAAAAAACUUGUGGAAACAGGUGGAGGCUGUCACGGAAGUGUGGUUUCCUUUCCAGCUCAAAGUGAAGGUGCUCAUGCAGUUCAUAACAAGUGGCUGCUCUUCAUCCACCCAACCAAUAGGCACAAGAGGGUUAAUUUAGGAGUGUAUCUGAACAAAUCCCCAAGGAAUCCUAAAGCAUGGAGCAAACCCUGGAUCAUCAACCACGGACCCAGUGGUUAUUCAGACCUGGCUUACAUUGAUGACGGUUGGUUUGUAUGUUUGAUGGAAUGCGGGGAGAAGAGCGAAAUUGAGCAGAUAGCCUUUGAGGUGUUUAGCUACAGUGAUCUAAAGCAUUGCACUGACGCGUAGUCUGAUGUGAAGCCUUCUCUCUUUGGGUAUUUUGUAUGGGACAAUUCACCUAAAAAGAUUUCUUAUGGUUCCACAAAUACACCAGACAUUAAGAUGCUUACUUUGUUUUUUUCCAUGAAAAUGAUGUAUUACAAUAUGCUGGAUUUUAUCCAAUAGACACAAUAUUGAGAGGGAUCUUAAUAUUGCUUAGUCUGUAAAAAAUAGAAAUGAAGUGUUUGAUUUCCUCUUUUUACACAAAGGAAACUGUGAUUUUGCUGAGAAACAAAAGCAGCAGGAAACUUUUCCCUUCUGUUUUCAGUGCAAAUACAGUAACAGUGACUCAUUAACAUCACAUCACUAAUUUGUUUAACAUAAACUAGUCUGGUUUUCUGUAAGUCUAUAAAAAUGAUGGUAGAAGAUGACUGUUAUGUUAGAGAUCAAGAGAUUUGAAAUCAAUAAAAUGUUGUGUUGUUGAAGUUGAAACAGUUGAAAAAUAAGUCACGGCUCUGUUUGGUUGUAAUGUCAUAUUUACUGAUGAAUAUAACAGAACUUGUUCUUCAAAUAAUAAA